AUGGCUUCUACGAUUCUUCCUCAACUUUUUGAAUACUCUCUAAUGUUUAGAAACCUGUCACGCCUUAAUUGUUCAUACCAUUGGCCUGCUAAAAAAGAUCUAAUCUUUAAUGUAAUAGCAGAUAUCUGUCAUAAUAUUGAAAAUCUUAAAGCUACUGUUUGGCAUGAGGAUGAAGGAAUUGCAUUAGCAAAACUUGUGUGUGCUCAAAAAUGCUUAAAAAAGUUCUCAAUAUUAAAUAGCAAUAGUUUCGCAUCAUUUCCUGUUCAAUCUCUCGAAAGUCAAAUACAAUCACUUAAUAGUUUAACGUUCAAAGACAUGCAUUCCAACAGCAGAUUGGUUAAAGUGUCAAAAUUUAAUUAUACUACGUUUCAAUUAAAUGAUAAAGCCAUCUUUUCACUUACUCAACGUAUCAAGAUUACUAAGUUAAAGUUUAAACACUGUGAAGGACUUAGCUCCUCAAUAUCCCUUCCCAUUACUUCUAUGUAUUCAAACUUAACGUCUCUGGAAUACUCUUAUGGAGGUUAUAACAUUUAUGAUAAUGCGACUCCUAUUAAUCUAUUAUCUGAUCUUGUCAAAACGAAUAGUAAAACUCUUGAAAGAAUUAUCUUUGAUUGGCAUUCCAAUAAUUUUCUUGAAUGUACUCAACUGAUCAGAAAUAUUGCGGAAUGUACAGUUAACCUUAAACAUUUAAAAAUCCCACUUUAUACAUUAGAACAACUUGCUUUAAUUCUUCAAACUACAAACCAGUUAAAAAAACUUGAAAUAUAUAUGGAAAAAAAAAUUAAUCCACACUAUGCACUUUUUCUUUUUAUUAAUAUACCAUUCAAUAACCUUAAAAAUUCUACAAUCCAAUUAUCUUUUGAUGGUUAUGGGAGUAUUCGGCCAAAGAAUGGCUGUCAGCAAUUACCAGAUACCAACACUACGUUUUGGCACCUUCAUAGUUAG